CUGUGCGCUAUACCCGGGUCCUGGUUCCACCCGUCUUGAUGAGUGCAUCGACGUUCUCAGACGCCUCUCUCUCGCGCGAAGCCCAGAGACUCAAGAACCCACUGACCAUGUUGAGCAACUCCAGUUCUGACUUUGACCUGACCAUUCGCCAGCAGCCCGACCGGGCGCGCGUGGCUGGGGGCAAGGAGAAGGAGCGCAAACCUAUCGAUCCACCUCCGAUCGUUCAGCUCCGGGUGCGCGAGGAGGGUUCUUAUCUUGCCCAACAUUACCUGCAAAGUCCCUACUAUUUUAUGUGCUGCAGCUUGUACGAUGCAUCAGACGAUCGUCCAGUGCCGGUCGCUCCGUCGACAGCUUUAGCAGGAACUCUAGUCUCGUCUCUUCACCGGUUGAAGGACGUUGACAACAGUGAUGGAGGUUUCUUCGUUUUCGGGGACUUGUCUGUGAAGAUCGAGGGCGAGUUUCGCCUGAAGUUCACCUUGUUUGAGAUGCGAAGAGAUCAAGUCACCUACCUCAAGACCAUUAUUUCAGACCGUUUCACAGUUUCACCCCCCAAGAGCUUCCCGGGCAUGAUGGAAUCCACCUAUCUUUCCCGGUCCUUUGCAGACCAAGGAGUCAAGUUGCGCAUUCGCAAGGAGCCUCGGACCAUGAUGAAGCGUGUCCGGCAGGAUCCUGAGUAUCCGCAAGCAAUUCCUCCUCGGUCUCCGGAUCGCCAGUCGGUCCAGAUCCCCCCUACAGCGGGCUUUGCGGGCUAUCCAACAAGUAGUCGGGACUAUGCGUACUAUGGAGCACCGGUAAAACGCACGCGAACCUCCAUCGACUAUGGUCGCCAGAGUCUCUACCCGGAUGCGGAUGGUCGCAUGGCUCGUCCGAUGGAGACCUACGCUCAACCGACCAUGUAUGGACAGCCCAACGCGUACCAGACUCCAGGAAUGCAGUACUCGACAGGCCAGGUGGUGCCAGAUUACGGGAUGUCUUACGGUGGGAUGCCGUCAAACCCCAUGGCUCAAAUGCCAGACCCAUCAGGCCAAGCUCGAUCCAGCCAACAAGCCGCUGUGGGGCAGCUAAUGGCGAUGAACCAACCUGGUACUCCUACCCCGGAUUCGACAGGAGCGAUGAUGGCCCAGGGAUACCCUCGGACCGCAUACUCGACCGGUUCUACUAUUCUCCCUCCGUUGCAACGAAAUCGCAGCUAUCCGGCAGGCCACAACGGGACUGGCACCCCUCAAGGCUAUUUCAACCCGCCAUCUCCUUCGGCCACCCCGAUUUUGCCCUCUCAGAUGGCUCCUGAAGGGGACCGAUACGGCGCUGCCUAUGACCCUCCCGCUUCUCCGAAUGGAACUCCUCAGUGA